CUUAAUCAAACUAUUUACCUUAAACAAAAGUAUAGGUGAAAUUUCUAUCCUGGUGCAAUAGACAGUACCGUAAGGGAAAGAUGAAAGAACUAUAUCAAGGAAUAAAAAGCAAAGACAAGCCCUUAUACCUUCUGCAUAAUGCAUUAACUAGAAAUAACUUUACAUAGAGAACAAUGGCCAAGUCCCCUAAAACCAGACGAGCUACCCAAGAAUACCUGAAAGAGCACACUCACCUAUGUGGCAAAAUAGCGGGAAGAUUCAUGAGUAGCAGUGACAAGCCUGCCGAGCCUGGUGAUAGCUGGCUGUCUCAGUUCAACUUUAAACUUACCCAUGGAAUUACUUAAUCUCCCUGUAAGUUUGUUAGUCUAGAGAGAGACGGCUCUUUAGACUCUUCCUACAGAGAGUAAAAAACAUUACCACCACAGUUGGCCCAAAAGCAGCCACUAAUUAAGAAAGAAUUUAAGCUCAGUAUCUAACUAUCUUAAAUUCUAACCAGUCUACUGAACUCUUAACAUCACAUCGGACUAAACUAUUACUUAAUAGAAGCAACAACGUUAAUAUAAGUAACAUGAAGGCAUUCUCCAUUGCAUAAGCUUACAUCAGACCGGAGUAACCCACUGACAGUUAACAGCCCAAUACUAAUAAAUGAUAUAAUAAACACCUAUUAUUUGCACUGUUAACCCAACACAGGCAUGCUCUAAGGAAACAUUACAAAAAGUAAAAGGAACUUGGCAAAUCCUACCCUGCCUGUUUACCAAAAACAUCACGUCUAGCAUUACCAGUAUCAGAGGCACGGUCUGCCCAGUGACAUAUGUUCAACGGUCGUGGUAUCCUGACCAUGCAAAGGCAGCAUCAUCACUUGUUCCCUAAAUAGGGACUUGUAUGAAUGGCCACACGAGAGUUCAGCUGUCUCUUACUUUCAACCAGUGAACUUGACCUAUCCGUGAAGAGGCGGAUAUAAACAAGUAAGACGAGAAGACCUUACGGAGCUUUAACUCAUCAAUGCAAAUAAAAACUCCAACAAGCCUACAGGCCCUAGCCUCCUAUCCCUGCAUUAAAAAUUUUGGUUGGGGUGACCUCGGAACAUAAUUCAAUCUCCUAACAACCUAAACUAAGACCACACUAGUCUAAGUGAGUUAUUACACACUGAGCCAAUAAUUUGAUCAACAGA